UUAUCUCAGUCAGGUGCUUUAUUCCUGCGAUGAAGGAUACGAGAUGACUGGUCGUGCAAGACUGACAUGCGAUAUCGAUGAGCGCUGGAACGGACCGCCACCACGUUGCGAGCCAAUUCUGUGCGAUCCUCCUGCUCCUGUUCCACAUAGUUAUAUUCAAAUCGAUGAAGUCGACGAGACCGAGACAGUACCAUCGAAAACGAACUUCAGUCGAAGUCUUCUCGUAGGCAGUAUCGUUACAUACACUUGCGAGAAGGGUUAUAGACUUUCUGGCUUCCGACAAAUAUUAUGCUUGCCUACUGGCUUAUAUGAUCAUGUCGCACCCACUUGUACGGGUAUGUGAUUUAAUUAUUUUUAUGGAAUAAAUACAAAUUUAAUUAUUUCUUUAGAAAGAGAAGCAAGUCAUUUUUCGUGAUAGUGUUUGCAAUCUUCAAAUACGAGGAUAAUUUAAUUUCAUAAUUA